AGUUGAAUGCUGAAUGCAGCGCAUGCGCUUUACUGAUGUGGAAGUGUUGGACAGUGAUAAACAAACAAAUAAAUCAGACCAAAAGAUUAACUAUUAGAUUGUAAUACUUAUCAUGGCAGUAAACGCGGUACAUUUAGAGUCAGACGCAUUUCUAGUAUGUAUGAAUCAUGCUCUGAGUACGGAGAAGGAGGAAGUAAUGGGGCUCUGCAUUGGCGAGGUGGACACAAACCGCAUUGUGCACAUUCAUUCUGUCAUCAUUCUGCGUCGAUCAGACAAGAGGAAAGACAGAGUGGAGAUUUCCCCAGAGCAGCUUUCAGCAGCAUCCACUGAAGCGGAGAGGUUGGCUGAGAUGACAGGACGUCCCAUGCGGGUUGUGGGCUGGUACCACUCUCAUCCACACAUCACUGUGUGGCCAUCACAUGUUGAUGUUAGGACUCAAGCAAUGUAUCAGAUGAUGGAUCAGGGUUUUGUUGGACUCAUCUUCUCAUGCUUUAUAGAAGAUAAAAACACAAAGACCGGUAGAGUUCUGUACACCUGUUUCCAGUCAGUACAGGCCCAGAAAGGCUCAGAGUAUGAGCGGAUUGAGAUCCCAAUCCAUGUAGUCCCACAUGAAGCCAUUGGAAAAGUAUGUCUGGAGUCUGCCGUGGAACUGCCCAGAAUCCUCUGUCAGGAAGAACAGGAUACGUACAGAAGGAUUCACAGUUUAACUCAUCUGGAUCCAAUCACAAAGAUACAUAAUGGAUCAGUGUUCACUAAAAACCUGUGCAGUCAGAUGUCGGCCAUAAGCGGCCCGCUGCUGCAGUGGCUGGAAGAUCGACUGGAACAGAAUAAACAGAGUAUCAUCAAACUCCAGAAAGAGAAGGAGCAACUGACACAAGAACUGGCUGCAUUAUAAGGAGAAUGAUAAGGAAGCAAUGAGAGUUUUAGCAAAAUCCUUAAAAGCCCUCAUUCUUUUUUUCAUUCCUUUGUUUUUCCACUGAAAGCGUUGGCUUUUCUGCCCUACUGCCCCUCUUGGAUCAGAAAUCACUGGGAGAGCAAAGACAGGAUGCCUGUACUUCCACAUGUUGUGAUCUCAGUGCAUAACUAGUACUGUCUCAGCGCUUCCAGCCAAAUAUUUGAAUUAUGUGCUGAACUUAGGGCUGUCUGCAACUCUUCACACUCUUUUGUAAUGUUUUAACUCAUCCAUCAGCUUCUGCUUAUUGUCAUGUGUACAGACACACACAGACACAUAUAUGUUUUACAAGCUGGUAUCUUUUGUUGAUGUAUGUAUACACUGAACAAACUAUGACAAAAUGCACGUUCUUAAAAAGGUCAUUGGCUGUUAA